AUGGGCUAUGCCAUGCCCGAUCUCAACAAAUACACGACCGUCCUCCCAACUGACAUUCCAUCCCCAGUGGCCACUGUGGGCGAGUAUCAGCAAGGCGAGCUGAUUGAGGGUUGGACCGCUGCGCAGGGACGAUCUUCGACCGUCAGCUCACCAAUCCGAGGUCGAGGAAGUGUUAGCUCUCAGGCCUUACACCCCGCAGCUAUCAACUCUAGCUCGCCACCCGCAGCACGAGAGACAAUCCUCGACCGAGCUUUCCAGCUUCGCUGCAUCCCCGGCUCGGAACGGGAGGUGCCCGGAGAGGAGAAACUAACCUCACUGGCUCGCUUUGAUGCUCUGAUGCGCGAGGCAGACGAAAAGCGUCAGCAGAUAGAGAAGCGAAAGGAGACGGAGCGAGCAGCCUUACAAAGUGCCUGGGAUGUCGAUGACAGCUCUUCGGCUGAGGAGGAGGACGACGAAGACUCGUCGUCGGACGGAUAUGCUCACGAAGCUGACGGAAACCGCCAAACACUCAUCCCACCCAAUGCGCAGCGGGCUCUAAACUAUCUCGCAGGCCCGCCGCGUCAGCAGCGCACCUCUUCGCAAUCACUGGCGCAUCAGCAGCAGCAGUCGGCCUCUCAGUCACCCACCACAAGAAGCACUACGAACCACGAAACACCUCUGCAGGCCCCAUCCAGGCCCCAUACCGCCCACUCGAAGCUCCGCCCUAGCGUCGCGCAAAGAACACACAGUCAACCCCAGCUUGUACCACAGGGCAGACUGGACGUCCCAAUGCCAUCAUCCGGUAAGACUUCCGAAGAUGGAGGCUCACGGCCGAACCAGGAGAAGCGCCAGUCCACUUCGAGUGCCAAGCGGCUGAGCUUCACCGAGUUUACCAAGCGCCUCUCCAGCACCAGCAGCUUACUCUUAGUCCAGACGAACGUGAGCGGCGGGAGCAGUCGCGAGAGCAUCGAGUUCGACCGAAAUCCAUCACCAGCACCGAGGGGUACUUUAAACGCUAGAGGCGCCCCCCCGCGCCAUCGGGACAUGGACCGUGAGGAAUGGGAGAAGCGAUGUGGCUGGCGAGCCGGCGUUGGCUUUACCGAAGGCGGCUUCUUGUGAGCUUGUCUGCAACAAUCUCCAAGAUCGACGACGAAGACUUUUUGACUCAUCGGAUGACGAUACUUGCUAUUUUCCGAAAAACUCACCCGGCUGGGCCCAUGAACGCUCAGCCAAGGCGUUCCAUGUACGACUGAUUCGAUCUGAUACCACGGCUUUCAAUACGUAACGACUCAUGAUGGGAGCCAUAAUAGAGAGUGGCUUUGGCGUUGAUGACCUUUUUCCCCCAGCGAGAAGGAGGCUAUUUUACUUGCUUGCGAACGAAUGAGGCGGCAAAGGUUUUUUUGAAUGCAUACAUAUGGACUAGCGACGCGGCGAGGGGGAGAUGAGGGCGCUGCCCAUCAUCAGGAUAGAUGCCUGUUUUUGGUGUAGACCAACAAUGAACCGACAUGAUGCA